GAAUGACCACCCGAGGGUCUCCGUGAGGCUGUGACUCUCCAGGUCAAGAGUGGAGUUGAGCAGCGCCCUGGUGUAGACAGUGGAGCUCGGAUGGGAGAACCUUAGGAGGCCGCCUGAGUCCCAGCCCUCGGUGUCCUCAGAGGACGGCCAGACACCCUCCGGCUCAGACAUGCUGCCGCUGCUGCUGCCACUGCUGUGGGCAGGGUCCCUGGCUCAGGAUCCGAGCUACAGGCUGAAAGCACCGCGGUCCGUGUUGGUGCAGGAGGGCCUGUGUGUCCGCGUGCCCUGCUCCUUCUCCUAUGCCCAGAAAGAUUGGAAAGACUCUGACCCAGCUCACGGCUACUGGUUCCGGGAAGGGGCCGAAAUAUCCGUGGAUGCCCCCGUGGCCACAAACAAAUUAGAUCGUGAAGUUCAGAAGGAGACCCAGGGCCGAUUCCACCUCCUCGGGGACCCCAGGGACAACAACUGCUCCCUGGAGAUCAGAGACGCCAGGAAGAGUGACAGAGGUUCCUACUUUUUUCGUGUGGAAAGAGGAAGGAUGAAAUGGAGUUACAUGUCUGAACAGCUCUUCUUGAAUGUGACAGCCCUCACCCACCAGCCCCACGUCCGCAGCCCGGGGGCCCUGGAGCCCGGCCGCCCCGGGAACCUGACCUGUUCUGUGCCCUGGGCCUGUGAGCGGGCCACGCCGCCCAUCUUCUCCUGGACAUCAGCUGCCCCCAGCUCCCUGGGCCCCAGGACCCCCUUCUCGUCGGUGCUCACCCUCACCCCACGGCCCCAGGACCACGGCACCAGGCUCACCUGUCAGGUGAAGCUCCCCACAAGUGGGGCGAUGGUGGAGCGGACCAUCCUGCUCAAUGUCACCUGUGCUUCACAGAACCCAAGCAAUAUCUGCGCAGGGGAUGGCACAGGGGAAUCAGGGACAGGGGCAGGAGUGACUGAGGGGGCCAUCGCGGGAGCUGGCGUCACCAUGCUGCUUGUUCUCUGCUUCGGCCUCAUCUUCUUUGUAGUGAAGAUCUACAGGAAGAAGGUAGCCAAGACCACAGUGGACAUGGAGGACAUCUACUCUGCCACAGAGCCAGCUUCCCUGGAUCACCAGCAGGAGUCCAAGUCAGAGGAAUCUUCUGACCCCACAAGUUAUGCAGGGGCCACCCCCUCUUUGGAGUUGGAGCAGGAGUUGCAUUAUUCCUCCAUCAUCUUCCGUGGGGAGAAGCCUCGGGAGAGCCCUCACUCAGAAUACGCGGAGAUCAGGAUCAAGUGAGGCACCGAAGGCCAUAUGAGCCUCAGCAUCGGGACGUUGCUUCCUGUGGGAAGGAGGACCCACAGGCUGAUUCUUGGAGACCUAACAUCCCCAUCAGCAGUGGGUUCAUGAACUACUGCCUGCAAGUUUCCUGCUAUAUGUCUUAGGCUUUGCAAUCACAGAGACCUGGGAUCACAUCCAUGCUCUUUCAUUUAUUAAGAAAGUAGCAUCUUGUGACCCACCUACCCUGACCCCCAUCCACCAUGCUUUGGUGAAACAAACAUGAGAAGUCCAGCCUCACAGGGCUGUUGUGAGGAUUAAAUGGAAGUAUGAAAUAUGCAACAGAAGUCUCGAUACAUUGUGACUUUUGGCUGAAAAUAACCACACACACACAAAAACACACACAACCUGAAAGUUGUGAGUUAUGCUUUAUUUGGGGAUCUUACCUAGGACUAUAGCUUGGGAGACAGCCUUUCAGAUAGCUCUGAGGAACUGCUCUGUAGAGGUAGGGAGGAGCCAGGAUAUAUAGGCGUUUUUGCUGAAAACAAACGUGUAACUGAACAUCAAAAAUAUCACUGCUAAUCACAAAAAUCAGAUACCUCAAGGUAAUGAUUUUAGUGCUUUUCUAUGUAUGGGAGGAUGCAAAAGUCUGAGUCCAUUGGAAAUUAUUCCUUAGAUAUGCAUUUUAAUAAUCUAGGGCAAGUACUGUGUUUUUCUCCACCCUGAGUUCUCCUCAGGGCACAGCAGCGGGGCAGGCUUCUGUGGCUGAUGGCUUGAUGGUGGGCAACAUUAUUAUUUUGUCUGCACAUUUCACCCAGAACCGGGUCGGUCCUGUCCCUGGGUACCACAUUGGUUACGUUUGUCAGCCUCUCUCUUACUCAAAACUCUCCCUUGGAUCCCUUCCCUGACUUGACCUCCAGCAUCAUCUCUCUCCAUUCCUGAAUUUUCCUUUUCCAUCCUCUCUACCUCCUACUACUCCUGCUAUAGGCAAAAUCAAAUAACGCCAUUUAGAGAAUUUGCUAAAGCUUAGAGCUGACCAUAGCCAAAAGACUGUUCUCUCUCCUUAAUCCAACAGAAGAAUUUGCAAGCUUCUCAACCUGAUAUUCCAGGUCAGCAGUCAGGAGACUUUUUGGUAAAGGGACAAAUAGUAAGUAUUUAGGCUUUUCAAGCUGUAUGGUUCCUGUUGCAUUUCCCAGCUUCUGCCCUCUGUUCACAACUAUAAAUCCCCCAAAUGGUGCAAGAGACAACCAAGGAGAAUUCUGGAAGGUGGUAAGAAGAAGGCAAGUGGGCUUCAGUUCAGUUCAGUCGCUCAGUCAUGUCUGACUCUUUGUGAUCCCAUGGUCUGCAGCA